AUGAAAGUUAGUUUCAGUGGAAAUAUUAUUGCCAUCCUCUUGAUGACACAGAGUGUGGGUGCCUCCUUCUUUCGGGAUGUUGCCGGAGACCAGCCUUCAAGAGAAGACAUGAUCGAGAAUGCGCUCUUGGACAAAGCCGUUCCACUGAAGGAAUACAGAGCCAAGCUUAGGGCCAAUGGCAUGGACAUUGCAGACAGUACGCGCCGAAAAUUGAAUGAAAAUAACAACAAUGGCAACAAUGCAAAUGACGCCACUGGAGACGACUGGUAUCUAUAUGGAAACGGAGAUGAUUGGUACAGAUAUGGAAACGGAAAUGAAAAUAAUUACGGCAAUAAUGCUGCCAACGACAACUACGCAAACAAUAACAACAACAACAACAACAAUGCCUAUGGUAACUACAACAACGCCAACAAUGGACAAAACAACAACGGCGAUGAUUACUACGUGAUGUAUGGAAGAAACUUCAACUCAUAUGCUCUGAAGUAUUCUCAGUGUCAACCUGUGCAACGCUUUUCCGCUGAAGCAGUUCAAGCUGGAGAGGCUUCUCCUAUGUUGGUGGAUGACAUUGUCAUCUUGCGUCUAUGCCCAACCAAAUCAUGUUCCACAACCCGAAAAUACGGAUGCAGCUCAAGCUUUGCCGAAUAUGCCGUCGGUCUGACAGAUUAUGUUGAAAUCAUGCUCUACUAUCGUCAAGAUCGCAUGAAUCAAAUGUGUGAUUGGUGCAACAUAUGCUACACCCAACGAAGGCUCGACGAAAAUAACAACAACAACAACAACAAUGGCGAUGACAAUGCAGGAGAUGACUAUUCUUGGAACGGAUACAACCGUUACAACUACGAUCAUGACUGUACCGACUACAAGUCAUAUUGUUACGAUAGUGACACUGGAUAUUCCGUGUGCGAGGCAUACAGCGCCAAUGAUGACAUCAAAACAGCCAAAUAUUUGAGUUGCGUCGGAGUCCAGGAUUCCAACAAUAACAACUACUACACUCGCCCUCGUUGUGAUGGAGAAAAUCAAGUUAUUCACAUGGGUGUUUACUAUGACAACUUCUGUUCCAGCUAUGCCGGUGAUGAAGUAGGCAUUGACGAUCUCAAUCUCGGUCUUCAGAACACAAACUUUGAUGAGUUCUACGAGGAUGUCAAUUGUUUAGACUGUACCAAGGGUGAAGACCCUCCGAACUUCCUUGCGACACACAGCUUGUGUAGCCGUCUCCAUAGUGGAGGAGCAGCAUGUACCGAACGCCUCGAUGACUACUACCUUACUCAAGGAGACAGUUCCGACAGUCAAUCGUGCAAGUACAUCCAGAGUAUGAGAGAUGGAAAUUACGAUAUCAAGGAUGGUCAAAUCUAUCAAGGUUCGAAGGGCUUGACGGUGCCCGAAGUGACCGACGAAGAAAAGAUAUGGCUUGUGGCUUCUGUCAUGGUGAUGGUUCUACUCGGUGCAGCUGCUACGUAUUUGCACAGUUCAAUCACUGAUAUUCAGGUCGAAUCCAUGGCUCACUCGGAACUGUUACCAACCAAGGUCCACAAGAUUCGAAAUCAGAGAAAAAGUCGAAGCAGAAGCCGAGGAAAGAGAUAG